UAGUAAACGCUCAGCCUUGUUCAGUACAAGAAUGAUUGUUGCCUUUGGUUAAUUAAAUUUUAUGUAAUAGGUUAACAGCGAGCUGUUCAUGAGGUGGUUUAAAACCCAAGUGCUGGAUGUAUUGGACAAAACUGGUGAUAGAUAUAUCAUAAUCAUUGAUAACGCACCGUAUCAUUCAACGUCACUGAAGCCCAAGGCAAGUAACAAAAAACAGGUGUGGUACGAUUUUCUGGUGAAACACAAGGCCCAAUUGACACCUCCAGUCGUCGUUGGACCUAUUAACAUGUAUUACAAAUGGGAGAUUGAAGAAAUGGUUCAAUCAAUAGUAAAAAAGGAUGGCAUGCAAAACAGCCUAUACCAGGUUGAUAAGGAGGCAGCAGUGAGGGGUCAUAAAAUCUUACGACUGCCCCCUUAUGGAUGUGACCUUAACGUUAUAGAGUUUGUUUGGAAAAUGAUAAAGGAAGAAGUAAGGAAACGCAAUAUUCAUCAGAAUAUUAAGGAGAUCAAAAAAUUGGCGGAGGAAGUGCUUUCAAAAUUUGGGAGUUGCAGAUCGUUGCAGAUCAAGCCGUUCUGGGAUCACGUUAAAAAGUUAGAGAAGCGGUAUUGGAAGGAAGAUGGGUGGUUUGAUGAGGCAAUGGCUCAAUCCCCAAUAAUUAUUACCGAGGAUGACGACGAUGAUGAAAUGUUGGAUGAAGAUGAUGACAGCGGAGUGGAGGGGAACGACGACAAUGUAACCUUUGACACUUGCCAUUCCCCUAUUGAUAUAGUUCAUGAUUGAAACGUCAUGAGCGAUCCACAGUCUGAAUAUGAAGACAAAUUGGUAGCCAUAUGUACAAUAAGAAGAAUCAACCCCCAAAGAAAAGGAAGAGUUGCAACAGAAGACUGACUUUCGCUGAUUCAUCACUGCCAGCGGAGGACAUGGAAGUUGAUGAUUAGUUAAGCCUAGUUAUAUAGUGUUGCUUACUUCAUGUUUGACUAUAAACUAAUAAUUAAUCAUGGUAAAAGAAAUAAUAUGAAAUAAUAAUGUGAUAA